AUUUAUUGGAGUACUCCAAUUGGCACACCAUCUUAGAUAAUGUUGUUCCAUUGAUGUAGUCUCAUAUUCAGAAAGUUAAACUUUUUUUUAAGUGCCACUUCUAUCUGCACUAAUAUGCCACUUGUUAGUUCCAGUAAAUUAAUCAGGUAUUGAAAGUUUAAGUAUUGUACUACACGAGCAAAACUAAUCACAAGGAUGACAGCAGCUGGGCGACAGCAUCUCCCGCAUCAGGGACAGCAAGAAGGUCUCCCAGGCAUGGAGGACCGGACUCUUCGGGAUCACAGCGAGGCCGUCCCCAACGCUGCCGCACCUUCCAUGCUGCCGUCGACACUCCCUGCCCUCAACCCGGCCUCCGCUGCUCCCUGUGCUCGCCUCUCCGCUCUGGCCUGGGAGACCUGGUGCUCCAGAUCAGGUGUGUGCGAGAUGGGGAUCAGGUAUCUCCAGUCGAUCGUGGGAUCAGGUGUCUCCAGGAGAGCUCAGGUGAUCUGGAACCUGAAGACAACUUGUGCAACAUCAUUUUCUAGCAAGAUGCAUGCUGGAGAUCCUGAAGACAACUCUAGUGAAAUUUUAUGUUUAUAUUGUAAUAACGAGCAUGAUCGAGUCUUAUUGCUCCAAGUCACUACCGAGUAUUGGAGAUCCAUUCCGGACCACGGGAGGAGCAGUCACCAUGCCCCAAACCAAAGGAAGGAAACAAAUAAAGACAAGUUGGACACUGAAAUUUUUGAAUUGUGCAUGGAGGACGUUUGGUCAUGCAUAGAUCCGGAAAAGAAGAGUGAUUAUGCAUAUUUUGAUUCAUUGUGGUUUAAUACCUACACGAAGGAGAAUGAUAAAUCGAAUGUUCUCAGAUGGAUAAAAGCUAAGAAAAUAUUCUCAAGGCGAUAUGUAUUUGUCCCUAUCAUUUGUUGGGGUCAUUGGAACCUCCUUGUGUUGUGCAAUUUUGGUGAGACAGACUACCUAGGUACUGAAAAGGGGCCACGUAUGCUGCUCUUGGAUUCACUUAAAACGGGCAAUCUGACGUGGCUGCGAACAUCCAUCAACAGAUUUGUUGUUGAUAUUUUUAAAAAUGAAGAGCGGGAAGAGUUAGAGCAGUUCGUAAGUCAAGUCGAGCUCGAGUUUCCUGAGGUGCCACAACAAAGUGGGGAUGACUGUGGUAUAUAUGUUCUUUACUUUAUCUACUGUUUUCUCGUGAUCGAAGAACUGGGUGAAGAUUUGAGCAAUCUGGAUGCCUUGUUCUAUCCAGAGGAGCUAGAGAACCUAGAGGACAUCCGUAAGGAUAUACAUUCGUACCGAGAGAAAAAGGAUGCCGAAAUUGCAGAGUAGGCAUGGCAAGAUUGCAUCAAGUAAACUGUUGUAAACGGGUGACAUCAUACCUUAUCUACCGACAAAUGAGAGUUCCAUCUUCUUCCAUGGAAGUUUGAGAUUGUCGAUACUAUGUUCGUUAUACAGUUUAUAAAUGCAGCCAAGACUCAAGACGAAGAUGUAACUUCUCCAAGCAGAUAAUUUUAGCACCUAUUCCGUAAAGCAAAAUCUACAAACGUUUCCCUUCGUUUAAUUUAGGCAUUAUGUUAAGUGCAUUUGAUUGAUUCAGUAUGCAUUUCUGCGUUUCCAGUCUAUAAUUGCUGAAUCGUGUGUGUGAUGGACCGGUUGCACUUGACAUGUUUUAGUUUCCCCUUCUGGAUUGAUAUACCAUUUACCAUUUACUGUUAUUUGCGGAACGAUAGUACUAUUAUUGUUAUUUGCCA